GCAUAUGCCGUCCUGACCGGUCCCUCACCCCUCCCGUCACCGCGCCUUUACCGACGGUGUCUCCGACUCCCUUCGCUCUGCGCUGCGCAGCGCGGCACCUCCGCGGCGCUCCCUGGCCGAAAUUUCGCCAAGACUCUCGCGAGAGCAGGCGGCUCUAGAUGCUCCGGACGCCUCCUGCAUUUCCUCUUCCCUGCCGCUGUCUGGAGCUGAGAUCCAAAAAUGGUGCGCUACUCUCUGGAUCCAGACAAUCCCACGAAAUCAUGCAAAUCACGAGGAUCCAACCUGCGAGUGCAUUUCAAGUGGAAAAUUCUGAGACCUUUUUUCUACUUGCAACAUCUGCUGACUUGUUUGCCUGUGCUAUCUUUCUGCUUGGUAAAAACAUCUUCUUGUUUGAGAACACUCGAGAGACUGCCCAAGCCAUCAAGGGCAUGCACAUCCGCAAAGCCACCAAGUACUUAAAGGACAUCACCUUGAAGAAGCAAUGCGUUCCCUUCCAGCGCUACAAUGGGGGAGUCGGUAGAUGCGCCCAGGCCAAGCAGUGGGGCUGGACGCAGGGACGCUGGCCCAAGAAGAGUGCAGAGUUUUUGCUGCACAUGCUCAAAAAUGCAGAGAGCAAUGCUGAGCUCAAGGGUCUUGAUGUGGAUUCUCUGGUCAUUGAGCACAUCCAGGUCAACAAGGCUCCCAAAAUGCGCCGACGCACCUACAGAGCGCAUGGUAGGAUCAACCCCUACAUGAGCUCCCCCUGCCACAUCGAGAUGAUCCUCACUGAGAAGGAGCAGAUUGUUCCCAAGCCAGAGGAGGAAGUUGCUCAGAAGAAAAAGAUAUCCCAGAAGAAGCUGAAGAAGCAAAAGCUAAUGGCUCGGGAUUAAAUCUGCUCUGCCAGAUGUGCAUAAAUAAAAUGAGAAAGUUUAGAUUUA